AUGGAUCAAGAUAACGAAAUUGAUAGAUUACGUGAAACUGAAUUAUGGAACAACAACAACAAUAUUAGUAAUACUGCUUCUGAUCCUAAUGAUUUAACUUUGCCGUCAUCAAUAACUGCAUUUGAUCCUAUUCAACAACAAGAAUUAGAACAAUUACAAGCUUUACUUGAUCCAUCAUCAUCAUUAUCUCACAAUGAAGAACAACAACAACAACAACAAGGACAACAACACCACUUAAAAAAUAAUGAGACGUCUCAAUGUUGGAUUAGAGCAUUAAUAUUUAUUGGUUAUUGUAUAUCAACAGUAUUUUUUUCAAUACAUUUAUGGAUUCAAUAUUUUUUCGUCAAAUAUACUUAUGAUGAUCAAACAGCAGUGAAUAUGUUGAAUUAUGUGACUGCAGCUCAAGAACAAGCGAUUGAUGAAUAUCUGAGAAAGACAGAGAGGCGGAGGAGUAGAGAAAGUGAUCAAUAA